AGUUGUUGGAUUUGUAAAAACGGGUAUAUACGAGUCACUGUAGGGCGCCGUCCGGCAUGCCUUGUUUACGGUGAGGUCGGAAUACCAGCCUGCGGUCCAGCUAAACGUUUCAGAAUAAACUCCCACCCCAGGGAUAAGAAAAAGAAGGACAGACAAGGAGAGAGAGAGCAAGGGGAUGUUGACUUAUCCCUCUGACCCACUCCCUCAGAUAGUUUGUCCAAUGGAUGAAGAUGCUAUUCCCCCAAACCGUUUCUGUAGUGCACCUCCCCACAGUGAACCUCCACCACCUCUCCUCCCCCUUCCCUCCAUCACUCCCAGUUGUGUGAAUGAUGGAAUAUCUGGACACAGAAGAAGUGGUCGCUUUCAAGGAAUCAGAGGACAGGCUCCUAAAAAGCAGAGCACUACAGACACUGGAGCAGCUCAGAAACCAUCCAGACAGAAUCCGUCCCCCACAAAGAGACAAAGGGAGAGUAGGAAUAUGGUACAAGCGUCACAGCCGAAGCAGCCAAGAGCUGAAAGCACACAUGGACAGGAGAAACAAAAUGAGGAUGAAUUUGAUUUCAGUUUUGCAGCUGGGCGACAAAACAUACAAAAGGACCAGAAAAGCCCACAGAAAAAAACAAAUGUCUCUGCUGCAGAAAAUGUAGCUGAGCAAUUUUCCGACAAUACCACACAGAAUCUGGACACUACUAAAUCUGACAUGGUUACAUGCAUGGGAUUGGCUGAUGGACACGCUAUUGAAAAUGCAUCUGUCCCCAAAGGAUGGGUGAUCGGGCCCUUGUUUCAGUCAUUCAAGUCGAAGAUGGCCAGUUUUACAGAGAUAGUCAUGAGUCCUGUUAAACUCUUUAAAGCUAAUAGUCCCCCACAGUCCACGGACCAUCCAGACAAACUCGAUGAAUGUGUGCUACAGGCCGAUGGAAUGUCUGAUGCUGAACACUCUGAGCCAAGCGAUAUGUUUCAUGCAGAAGCACAAAGUGAGAAUGGGAAUCAGGGUGCUGAAGCUAAUCAGCAGAGGCUCAGUGAAGAAGGUGCACAAAAUGCAAAAAUUGCUGGUAUUAAAUAUUCUAAAAAAUUAUCGUUUGAGUUGUCAACACACAGCUCUGAGCAGGCAUAUGAAUGUGCAAUAACUAAGACGGAAGAAAACGUACCUGAUUCUGAAGACAGUUCCUUACCCUGCAUUGUUUAUGAGGACGUUUCAGAAUCUGUUGGGUCUGUUUUUAGGUCCUCUAUACUGUUACAGCCCUCUGUCAAUGUAAGUGCCUCACAUGAAUCCAAAUUAAAGACAUCUAGUACUGUAGAGGAGCAGGAAGGAAAACAGGCUGCCCGGCUGAAACCACUGCCUAGGAAAUAUACAGGAAAUAAAAGGAAGGUUACCUCUAAGACUUUUACAUCUGAAGUCAAAAUGGAGGAGUCCAAUCCAGAGCUUAUUGAUGAGCAGCUUUCUCAAAUUACUUUAGUCGAAUUAAACAAAGUUGACUUAAGUGAUAUGAACAGUAUGCUGUUAUUAUCUUCCUCAGUCUGUCAGCCUGCUCAACCGGAAACUGACUGUCCUCAGCAUGGUGAUGAUUGCAAGAAAAUAGAAAGUUGCCACUUGGUUCACCAAAGCCUCCAGAAUAACUUAAAUGACAGCACUAAUAGAAGGACACUGAAACCUAAUUUGGAUACUCAGCAGUUGGAGUGUCAGCCGGACUCUGAAACGUAUUCAGCUACAGGUCUUAGGAGAGCAAAGACGGAGCUGAAACUGGACUGUCAUUCCCAAGACUUGAAGAGAAAAAGAUUGACCGUGGAUAUAUGUACAAAGCAGACAAAAAAGCCACCAAGAAAGGACAUUUUCUUGACAGAUAUCAUUGAAAAUGAGAAAGAAAUGUUGAAGUCUGCGAGAAAAGGGCCAGCUGUUUUAACAAGAGCAACUAAGAAAGGAAAAACUGGACAACAAAUGCUUGCUACGAUAAAUGAAACCAUGUUAAACACACAGACUGAAAGUUCCUCCAAUGCGAUGUCGGUUUGCUCGCUGGAUAAAAGCACUGGCGUGUCAGUGGACAGCAGCAACAAGGUGAAGCCCAGUGGUUCAUGCAAAAGACUAAAGACAAGAACAGGUCUGGGUAAACCUGAUGUAAACAGUGAUAACAGUAUGGAUCUGGAAACAACCAUUGCAGUCACCUCUACAAAACAAGCUGAUCAGACGCCGUUAUCAGAAGUCUUUGUCUGUCCUGAUAUAAAGCAGCUCCAGAGCACAAGACAGUGCAGGAAUAACAAGAAACCACUAAAACGGAAAUCACCAAAUCAAGCGAUUUCAACUACAGGAGCAGACAGCACAUUGGUUUCUACAUCAUCAGAACUAUCAACAGAGCCAUUAGAAGUCACAACCACAGAUUUUAAUAUCUCUCAGCAUCUUCAAAAAGAAGAGCGUGGGAAAACAGGGCUGAACCAGCCUCCCAAAAGACCCAAAAGGGGUUUUAGAGGUGCUGUUAAAUCAUCUGUGCCUGAUGGUAGUCAAGAGACAAAGCAGUGUACCCCUGACCUUCCUCUGAUAACCAAAGAAAAUCAGUCUGAAGAGAGCAAAGGUAAAAUCUCAGUGGACCCUGUAUACUUUGAAAUGAUACCUUUUGAAAGUCAACAUGGUCCUUCACCCUCCGGACUUCCUUUAGACCGUUCUGUACUAUUAAAUAAUAUAGAUCGGAAAGAAAAGGGUACUUCUUCUGUGGCAGAUGAGAUAUUUCCCAGUGAUGCUGAAGCUACUAGCCACAACAGCAUCGGUGUCUCUAUGCUAAGGUCUAGUGCGAGAAGGGUUAAAAGUAAGCCAAGGAGAGCAGAUAACCAAAGGAGAAAAUGCAGGGUUUUGCAUAGGAUGACACGUAAAGGUGAAGAGGUGUCAAACUCCGUCACUAUGGAUGAUACAGACCUGGCGACAGCAGGUACACACUCAUCCGAAAAUGGCUUGUCGAGGCAGCUGUUACGCAGCUACUCUUGCCCAGAGAUUCCUUCUCUGCAUUCACAGCAUCACAGCAGGAGCCACACACCACACCAGCAUCAGUCUUCACACACUUCUUUUGUCCAUCAUACCCACAAAUCCUUACAUCGGGCUCGGCGGCACACAGUCUGCAGUAUAGAAGUGGAGAGAGAGAUUGCACCUCUCUGCCUUCGUAAGGAGGUGUACCCGUCCAGAAGAUCUCUCCCGUAUGAUGGCAUUACUCAAAGCCUGUCUCCCAGUCUUGCACCGUCUCCCAGCACUUCUCUCUCAGCUCUUGCCUCCUGUUUCCUUUCAAGCCCCCUGGCUUUCCUUUCUAAGAAAGUUGACAGCAGGGGAGCUGUUGCCAGCCCCAGCACUUCCAGUCAUGUUCCCUCUCCCACCUCCUCUUCUUCUGUAUACCCGCGGAGCCCCACAUGGCGCCUCUCAGCAUUCCUCCAAAGAAGUGACUCCUCUAGUGCUAGCAUGGACUCUAGUAGGAGUGGGAUUCCUUUGGAGUGUGAGAUCGGGAGAAGACAACAGAGUGAAGAGGAGGAUGAUGGCGAGAACACAAGCUCAUCCAGCCAGGAGUUUGAAGAUGUAGGGCUGAGAGAAGAAAAGGCUUUGUCUGAUUCUGAAAUCAAGGUGGUGCAAAAGCAUGAGCAAAGAGGGAAGGUGUCGUCCAUUAGAAUUCGGAAAACUUUACCCAAACCUCAGAACAACCUGACACCCAUGGGCCUGCCCAAACCCAUUAGGCCGAAAAAGAAGGAGUUUAGUUUGGAAGAGAUUUACACCAAUAAGAAUUUCAGCAAACCCCCUGAAAGCCGGCUUGAGACCAUAUUCGAGGUGCCUCUCAAUCGGCGGAAUGGCUCCGAGUCCUGGUUUGGACAGAGGCGUGUCAAGCGAUUUUUGGAAUUCUUGGAGGUUGGCGAGGUCAGAAAACCAAAGAAGCCACUUGUUGGUGUUGGAAAGGCAGGUAUUUCGUCUUCCAGGACAAGACGAGGGGGCUUCCCUAAAGAUGAACCGUCCCUCAGUGUGCAGGAUGUGGACUCACUUCUCUGUGCCAAACUUGAUCAGCUGAAUUUGUGGUUGAUUCGUGAUCAGAAAGACAGUUGACAGGUGCCUCUUAAAUGUUGAUUGUUUGGCAGCCAUUAAAAAAUACAAGGCAUGAGUUAAUGCUCUUCAUGACUAUUUCUAAUUUUUCAACAUGAAGAUUCAAAGCUGAGUCUUCCAGCUCUUUUUUUGUCAGCACAAUCAGUGUAACAUUGUUGUGGUGACAAAUUGUUAUUGAAGAAUUACAUUUUCACUCUGUAGCAUGUGUAACCUGCAAGUUGAAGAACACAUCACAGCACCAUAAAUGUGUUGCCUCAUUGAUAUUGCUUAUAAACAUAAUAGUUAAAUGCAUUAUACAGUAAAUACUGCACUCAAACCUCUGCCGUCCAUUAUCUCCCUGGCCACUUUCCAUCUGCGAUAAGUGAAACUGUUGAGAAUCAAAUGUUGACGACCUCGAUUCAAACACGUGUACAGUAUCAGCAUUUUCAUUAUAUCUUCAGUUAUCUCAGACUAAUCAGAAUGUUACAAAUCUGGGCAACUCCCCUGCAUGGGUGACGACACUGUUUUGUUGCAAUGUUUCUUUUCAAAUACGACAUAAGUGAUAGUGACCUUGCAGCAUAGUUAGUUAUUUUAUAAAGGCAGCUAUUUUUUGUUUAAACGCUGAAUAUAACGUAAACAUGCCAGCAAGAGAUUCAUACACGUUGCAACCAAUUUCUCAACCAAGUUUCUGUCCUCAAGUUUGAUGUAGUCAAAUGUGUCUGCAAGCAGCAUGGGCUGUGCGAGUCAUUUUACUCAGCUCAUGGCAGACCCUGUCCAAUUAUUCAGUUAAUUGUGUUUUGUGAAUUCAUGGCUAAAGAGGUUCUUUUGUAUAAAAUCUACCUUUUAGAAACAAUAGACACUCCAGAGAGCAUUUCUAAUCAAAAGUGGAGAUUUCACUGCUAGUUGGCUUUUUAUUACCUGUGGUUCUCUGGAUUGUUUUGUGGUGUCUAUAUUUGUAUUUCAAAUGUAACUUCUUGAUAAACUGCCUAUGUAUGUACUUUUUUGACAGAUUUUUAUGUGGUUGCCUUAACUGUAAGAUUUUUUUGUUUAGAUGUUUUGUAGGUCUAUUUGUAAUUGUCGCUGUUUUUAUGACAGCAUGUCAAGAUGCUUCAAGCAGCUCAGAGCACACGCGUUUCUGUUGUUUUAUUAUAAAAUUGUUUCUUUUUAUGUUGGUGUAAAAGUACAACAUAUUGAUACAUUUUACAUUAAUAAAGCUAAUAUGGUAACAAUGCAAUAAUGCCAAGGUAAUGUUGGCAACGAGCAGGAUCUUAUUAUAUUCUGAAGAAGCACUGCCAUCCCAUUUUAUUAAAUUGUGGACCCAAUCCUUGACAGACAUGUGUAUGUUGAUACUUUUUAAGUUGACAGAUUGAGUAAUUUAUUGUUUUUGUAGUAUCUGUAAGUAUAUACAGCAUCUAAAAAUGUUAAAUUGUACUGCCAUUUAAAGUGCAAACAUAUUAAGGAUUGGGUCAUUACUUGAGAAUGACAAUUCAAAUCUUUAAUAUACUGUAUAAUGUAUAUGUGUCAUGUAGUGCCAUGUCCCAAACUAUAGUCAUGCUGGAUUUUAUAUGUUCAUUUAGAAUUUUGAUUGUCCAUAUGUUCAUAUAUUGUUAAAUAAAUAUUACAGCGUAUAAAAAAA